AAUGUGAGAGGUGGUAAUAAUCUAAUUUCCGUGGGGGCUUUGGAGUUGUCAGAUGUUUGGUAGUCCUGUCACCUGCGGUCGUGUGCGUUUUCUCUUAGCAUAAUACAGAGAGUAAGGAAAGUAAAUUGCAGAGUUUGGACCGCGUUGUUUGAGUGGAAAACAUGGCGACUUCCCCGAGCCCGUUCAGCCAGAGCUCGUCUUCGCCGUCCUCGAGUAACUCGCCGCCUCAUCUGGAGAACGGGACCGGGCUGCUCAGCAUACCGCCCCCGUACAACGGCUUCGGAGACCACGGUACACACAAGUCGCCGGAGAACGGCCACUCUUUAAACGUGCUGAAUGGCCACCAGAGUAGUACGAAUGGUUUGGGAAAUGGUCACUCCUUCCCGUACGCAACUUCUUGGGCUAGACUGUCAGAGACAUCGCCUUCUCCGCCUUGGUUCGCGGGCCUGCACCCGCAGGAGCUCAACGGGAAGAUCAACGGGGUCAGAGAGAACGGAGAGGGCCACCCGGUAAGUCUGCAUAGAGGCUACCCACCACCGGGCGGCUCGCUACCUACCACCGUACCUUCCAGCUUCAUCCCCCCGAUAACCACAGCAGGUACCCCCGCGGGCUUCGCCUUCCCUCACUCCGCUUACACCGGCAUGGUCAACGGCCACGGCGGGCUCAACGGCAUCUUCACGUCGGCUACCCAGCCGCCUAUCGUACAGAUCCCCAACGGUAACGAGCAUCGUAGCAACGGCAGCGCCGGCUCGGGCGGUUCAACCAGCACAGAGGGGGACGACGACAGGGAACAGGCGGACGGAGAGGAGUCUCCCACCGCCGACGAGCUCGAACAAUUCGCCAUGGUUUUCAAACAACGGAGAAUCAAGCUCGGCUUCACCCAGGCUGACGUUGGCCUAGCACUUGGAACGAUCCACGGAAACGUUCUCAGUCAGACCACCAUCUGUCGGUUCGAGGCCUUGCAGUUGAGCUUCAAAAACAUGUGCAAGCUGAAACCGCUUCUACAGAAGUGGUUGGAGACCGCUGACUCCAACAUGAGCCCAGGUUCUCUACCCAAAGACGAAGGGCUAGGAGGGGAGGUCAUCACACCAGGGAGAAAGCGCAAGAAACGCACAAGCAUCGAAGUGUCAGUGAAAGGUGCAUUGGAAACUUUCUUCUACAAGCAGCCCAAGCCGUCUGCGAUCGAGAUUAGCCAACUUUCUGAGGGACUCAACCUUGACAAAGAGGUUGUGCGCGUAUGGUUCUGUAACCGCCGCCAGAAGGAACGUCGCAUGUCGCCGUACCACGCCGUCAACGGGAUGAACGGCCACAUGAACGGUCACGUCAACGGCCACGCCAACGGGCACGUCAACGGCAACGGACUGAUGACCAACGGCCACGGCAUGUACAACGGCGGGGACGACAUCGACAUCCACCGAGGAGCGCCCUCCCCCAUCCCGCACCACCUGGCCCAUAACGGCCACCAUCACCACCACGUCAUGAUGCCUGCUCACAGCCCUGCCGCCAUCUCCUCACAGUAACUGUAAGAGAUCCACCUCCAACGCGUCGCCAAAAAAGCCGUUUAAACGUUGUAAGGGCUGUCUCUAUUACAGCAACUUUUCUACGUUUUGCCUUAUGUAAGCCACGUUCUGGACUGUCAACGAUGGCCGCUAGGUGUAAUGCUAGCCAUGUUUUAUUUUUCUAGACGCAACCGUUUAUUUUUUGUUGAUAUGUCAGAUUUGUUUUCGCUUCUGGCGUCUGUACAGUUUAACUCUAACACAACAAAUGAGGGCAUCUUGCUUCCCUGAAAAAUUGGACGGCUAGUUUUUUUUCCGCAUCGUGAUAUGAAAAAUGACGUAAACUUUGUGAGCCUCUUUUAGAAUUGAGGACAAAAGUUAAGUAUUGUAUUCAGAGCGCUUUACCUUGUACAUUUUGGGUGUCGGGUAGUUAUUAGUUGAUAUUCGAAUGGCAGCUAUGUUAUGAGACUAAUUUAUAUGUAAUAGUGUAACGCUGUAUCUCUAGUUUCUGUUAGGACUUUUGUGUUAUGGACAAGGGUUCAAAUUCGCAAUUGUAACCACGUAAAAAGUUGCUAGGUAGAUAAAAGUUGUGUCAAUUUCAAGAAAACAGUCACGAAAUAUCUCGCCAGUUUGUGCUCGAACAAGGGGACAAGUUUGUUACGAAUGCUACAAAUUAAGUCCAAUUUGGCACUUUUGAAUGGAAAUCAAAACAAACCCAGUGCCCCUGGCGCCACAGAUUGGCUUAUUUUUCAUAAUCUGGCCCAUCUGCCAUUCUUUGCUUCUUUGGCCGAUUUUGGUAGACAACUUGGCAAACGGCUUUUGUUGUUGUCUGACUAUCUGAUAGUUGGUAAGAAAAACAAGUGCCCGGUCGUAGCAACGUCAUUUUGUCGUUGAGGAAAUCUUUGUGACUGAAAAUAUUUCUUUUUCGGAUAACCCCGAACCAAAACACGAGAAAGUGGCAUUUCCAUUAGAAAUCCCCGAAAUUCCAAACAGAUGUAAACAUUCCUUUGUUACGGAAAACACGUCACACGUUUCCAUGUGCAAUUCCACGUCCUAUUGUGCAAUAGUUUGAAUAUGCAUAUCCCCCACUCCCCACAACAUCUGUGGGUUGUGUGCGGAUUUUCGUCGUUUUUUGGUAACUUGUAAGAUCCUUCGCUGCUCAUUUUCCGACUAUUAUUGAUUUAUACUAUACAUGUUGUACACAUACUUAUGUCAUGUGAUCCUACUACGUUUUCGUACUUUUCUUUUCUUAGGAGUAGAAAUUUAGGAAAGUAGAUGCCCUACGAUUAGAUAGUUAUGAAAUACUUGAUGAUAAAAGAAGUCCAAGCGAUAUGUUGCAUUAGCGAUUGUGUUUGGCAUUUGUUUGUUGCAAGAAAGGAUAAGUCUAUGCAAAUGACUUUUGUAAUAUUGUGAGCAUUGCUGCUGUAUUUACUGAUUCAAAAGAAGAGAGUUGUGCCAAAAAAGAGCCUCGCAUUUCCAAAGAGUGCCAUGUUUUGGAGGAACAGUUUUUUUAGUAACCAUAUCAUAAAACAGAAGGUCUAUUCCACACCUAGUGUGGGGUAUAUUUUAUACUCCGUCUCUGAGACUAAGAAUAAACAACCUUGUCCCGAGGAAA